CGUGCGCCACCGCGCCGGCAAUACGGUGUGUUUUUGUUGUUGUUCUGUCCCUAGGUGUUACGUUACCUAUGGUUAAUUAAAUCGGUGCCUCAGAGAGAAAGACAAAAUAUAAUCCAGGCAGGAUUUCUGAUGUGUGGGGGCCCCGCUGCCCUAAAAACCAACUUAGGGAAAGCAGCAGAUUCAGGAAGGAGGCUUCUCCUCGGCACAGGCAUCCUUCCCUCCUUGGGCGGCCGGGUGGGCUGAGCCGGCUUCUCUACCUUAGAUUCCGGAACGGACCACACCCCUCCGGCCCGCGCUUCCUUCCCAGGAAUCCCAGGAGGCGACUGCAAACAGCAUCGCCAGUGAGCGGGCCUGUGGCCUCCUCGGGAAGCCGCCCCCGGUGGCAGCCGGAUUAAAUCUGCACGAACGCAGGCGCCGCCCGCCACACGGGGUCUGGAGGGUCGCCCGGGCCCGCUCCGCGUCCCCUCCACAGGCGGAGCCAGGCUCAGAGGCACCGGCUCGGCCACGGAAGGGAAAGCCGAGGCGGUAGGCGCUGAGCUGUCCAAGGUCACCGCCCGCCCCAGGCGACGCCCGCUGCGCCCCGCCCCAUUCCUCGCCCGGGAACCGCGGUCCGGGGUCCCUGCUGGCGCCCGCCCCCGCGUCCCCAGCCCGCGCCGGCCCCGUCCUCGCCCUCCUGGGGCGGGGGUCUCUCCAGGGGCCACCCCGGAGGCCAAGCCCCGCCCCCGCCCCGCCUCACCCGGGGCCGGUUGCUGGUGUCCAACUCGAUCGCCCCGUUGGCCAGCUUCAUGGCGCUCUGCAGCGGCUUUACCGUGCCGUCCCCGGCCGCAGCGGCCAUGACGCCGGGCGGGGGAGGUGGCGGCGGCGGCAGCGGAGGGGCGGGGCAGGCGGCCGGGAUCCCGGAACGCAGCGGGCGCGGGUGCGGAAGCCGCCGGAGCAGCGGACCGCCGGAAGGGAAGCGAUCGCACUUCCGGCGACGGGCCCCGCCGCGCGUACUUCAGGUUCCGCGGGUGUCAGUGGCGGGGGCGACGGAUCUCGGGCGGCUCCUCGAGACGGGGCGGGCGAGAAGGGUCCCUACCGGAGUUGCCCUAGGCGUUUAACCGCGGCAGCCAGGCCUCCCUCCCCGUGAGACCCCGACUUCCCUCUCUGCAGCCCGCCCGCCACCUGCGCGCUGCGUCGCCUCGGCCGGCGCCGCCCGCCCGCCCCGCGCCCACGUCUCCCACGGUAAGAGGCGGGGAAAGCCGGGUCGCCCCUCCUUGGAGGGCUCGUCGUGAGGUCUCGGCGAGCCCCUCCGCUCAGUGCUCCGCCCCAGGCCAGCGCCCCAUUGGCGGCGGCGGCGGGCGCGGCCGCCCUCGGGCCGGAGAGGGGAGCGGUGUGAGAGAGGGUGCGGGCCCCGCGGAUGGAACCUCGGCCGGCGGGGUCCCGCCCCGCCCGCCUCGCUUUGCUUCUCGCCCCGCCCCUGGCCCGCCUCGCCUCGCUUCCAGCGAGCCCAGCAGAGCCGAACGCUGGUCCUCCGAGAACCUCGAGCGGGGCCGGGCGGGGCCGGGCGGCACCGGCGGGGCUCUGUUGGCGUUCUUUCUCCGCUGCUAUGAAGCGGGACCGGCUGGGACGCUUCCCGUCCGCUGGGGCGGGCCGGCAGCGCGGAGCGUCGGGCGGCGGCGACGGCUGGGCCCGGGGCCGCCCCGCCUGCAGCGGCGGGCCGAGGGUGGACGGGGCGGCGGCUCGGCGCGCCUGGGGCCCGGCGGGGUCCUGCGGGGACCCGGGCGAGGACGGCACGGACGAGGCAGCAGGCCAGGCUGUCACUAUGGGGCACUGUCGCCUCUGCCACGGAAAGUUUUCCUCCAGAAGCCUGCGCAACAUCUCCGAGAGGGCCCCUGGAACCAGCUUAGAGAGGCCUUCUGCAGGGGAGCGCGUCCUCGUCAGGGACUUCCAGCGCUUGUUGGGCGUGGCUGUCCGCCAGGACCCCAGCUUAUCUCAGUUCGUCUGCAAGAGCUGUCACUCCCAGUUCUACCAGUGCCACAGCCUCCUCAAGUCCUUCUUGCAGAGGAUCAAUGUCUCCCCGACGGGCCAUCGGAAGCCUUGUGCAAAGGUCGGUGCCCAGCCCCCAACAGGGGCAGAGGAGGGAGCCUGUCUGGUGGAUCUGAUCACAUCGAGCCCCCAGUGCCUGCAUGGCUUGGUGGGGUGGGUGCAUGGACAUGCGGCCAGCUGCAGGGCCCUGCCCCACCUUCAGAGGACGCUGUCCUCUGAGUACUGUGGCGUCAUCCGGGCCGUGUGGGGCUGCGACCAGGGCCACGACUACACCAUGGACUCCAGCUCUAGCUGCAAGGCCUUCUUGCUGGACAGUACACUGGCAGUCAGGUGGCCAUGGGACAAGGAGACGGUGCCACGGCUGCCCCAGCACCGAGGCUGCAACCCUGGGGCCGCCCCUCAGACCUCCCAGGGCAGAGGGACAGGGACCCCAGUGGGGUCUGAGACCAGGACCCUGCCUGGCACAGACAUGGCCCAGCCUCCUUCAGACAGCAGCCCGGCAGGGCCCAGGCAGGGCUUCCCACCUCAGCCAAGCCUGCCCCUCUGCGGGGCCCCAGGGCAGUUGGGUGAGAAGCAGGUUCCAUCUUCAACCUCGGAUGAUCGGGUAAAAGACGAGUUCAGUGACCUUUCUGAGGGAGACUUCCUGAGUGAAGACGAAAACGACAAGAAGCAAAAUGCUCAGUCUUCAGACGAGUCCUUUGAGCCUUACCCAGAACAGAAGGUCUCUGGUAAGAAGACUGAAAGCAAAGAAGCCAAGAAGUCUGAAGAACCAAGAAUUCGGAAGAAGCCCGGACCCAAGCCAGGGUGGAAGAAGAAGCUUCGCUGUGAGAGGGAGGAGCUUCCCACCAUCUAUAAGUGUCCUUACCAGGGCUGCACGGCCGUGUACCGAGGCGCUGACGGCAUGAAGAAGCACAUCAAGGAGCACCAUGAGGAGGUCCGGGAGCGGCCCUGCCCCCACCCUGGCUGCAACAAGGUUUUCAUGAUCGACCGCUACCUGCAGCGCCACGUGAAGCUCAUCCAUACAGAGGUACGGAACUACAUCUGUGAUGAGUGUGGACAGACCUUCAAGCAGCGGAAGCACCUGCUCGUCCACCAGAUGCGACAUUCAGGAGCCAAGCCUUUGCAGUGUGAGGUCUGUGGGUUCCAGUGCAGGCAGCGGGCGUCCCUCAAGUACCACAUGACCAAACACAAGGCUGAGACUGAGCUGGACUUUGCUUGUGACCAGUGUGGCCGGCGGUUUGAGAAGGCCCAUAACCUCAACGUGCAUAUGUCCAUGGUGCACCCGCUGACACAGACCCAGGACAAAGCUCUGCCCCUGGAGGCAGAGCCACCCCCCGGGCCUACCUAGUCCCUCUGGAACCACAGAUGGCCAGGCGGUGAAGCCCGAGCCCACCUGAGGACAGCAGUGAGGAUGGGACCUGUAGCAGCCUGGACUCUGCAGGGGCCGUGUCAGCCUCACCGACUUCCUGUGAAGCCAUGUAGGAGGGUCAGAGGAUGUGGCCCACCUUUGGUGGUGGAGGUGGGCUUGGUGUACAGCUCAAGUAGCCUUUCUCCGCUCUGGGACCAGUGGUUUAUUUUCCUACAAACACUGAAGUGACUUGGGGCCAGACACUUCAUAAAUAAUGGAUUCCUUUUCCCUACUAAAGCAAUCAAGGAGAUUCAUAAUCCACUUUUUAGUGCAACACAAGCUCCAUGUUACACUUGUAAUAAAUUAUUUACAAAGGA